UCGACAAUGCGACCUUCGUCAAGUUCUCAUGAUGAAACUGAUGAAAGUACUACUUUUACUGGUGGUUAUGGCCUUGACUGUGUGUGAACCCAGACGCAUUCGUAACUGGCUUCAAAGCUGCUCUGUUAUACGUGGUGCGCGGUGUAACGAAGACACUGAAUGUUCUUGCUUAAUGAGCCGUACCAGUCCUUCGCUGAUCUGUAGUUACAGGAAUAGGUGCGAAGACAAAAGUCCUUUGGACGAAAUUUGGAGGAAAUUACCCUGUCCCCUUAUUUACAAAUCACUUUGCACGGAAGAUGCCGAUUGCCCUUGUAGCGAAGCUCCGCUGAUCUGCGAAGACAGGGAAUGUGUCAAGGCCAAACCCAUUAGGAGACGCCUGCCAGGAACAACACCACUUCCUCCACAUUAGAGUUCUCAAAACUGCCCGAUCGUAGUUUCCUUUGAGAUAAAAUAAAACCUUGAGCCCCCCUAAUUGGUGUCCACAUGCAAGUGUUAACAAGACUUGUGCAACUUGAAGUAAAACAUAAUGACCAGUUUUCUUUAGAAUGUCGAUUUUCAGUUUCCAAUGCGUUUUUCCUUCUCCACAAAGGUAUCCUUGUUGUUGUGGGUUCAUUACUGCCUUUAUGGCGUUUUCUAUCAAUUCGAUCGAGCUGAAAGUAGAAUUAAACAGUGCCAAAACUACCUUCAAAAUCGUGCCCUUUAGCUCCAUUUUCAGAUUAUGGAAUAUCCUCCUUCAACUACGUAUCCCUCAACAUCCUAUAACUCACAAAUUACAUCCGAUGCACAAGCCGAAACAAAUGAGUUUGCAACUGUAGGGACGAAAAACAAACAUGUUUUUACUACUGAUUAUUAGCAAUAGUAGGUUGUGACAGCCACUGAAUUACGUGGGAUAAAAAGCCAACUGAACAAUCAUUUCCACGAACAAUUUUGGUUCUCUUUACCAAAUGCAGCGCAAUGCUAAUUACUGAUUCAUUGUGAGUCGUUGGCGUUGAAACUUAAUAAACAAAUUGCAAAUUUU